CUAUAUAUUCCUCUAAUUUGGUGUAUAAAAUUGAAUGCUCAAGGUCGUAUAUACCACUUCACGCGUGUUGGACAUGAGGCUUUUACUUCUUGUUGCCCUUUUGGCAGGGCUCACCAACAAGAUCGACGGAUUCUACUGCAAUUUUGACCGUGGCCAAUGUGAUUUUGUUCAGCGACAAGAUGAUAACUUCAAUUGGAUAAGGAAAAAAGGUGCAACAUCUUCCGGCGGUACAGGACCACAUUCAGACGUGAAGGGAAGAGGUUAUUACAUGUAUAUAGAAGCCUCCAGAAAAAGGAAAGGUGAUAAUGCAAAGCUAGAAAUAAAUACUGGAUUGCCUUCUGGGAAGACGUGCAUGACCUUUUUCUACCACAUGAGAGGGGGAUACGGCCAAAUGGGAAGACUUCGCGUGCUGAUAAAUGGAAAACAAGUUUUUGAGAAAAGUGGAAAUCAAGGAAGCAGCUGGCUUGAAGCUAAAAUCACUUAUGAUGGUCGUGUGUCGUCGGUUAUCUUUGAAGGAAUUGUGGGUAGAGGCCAUCAGUCGGACAUAGCAAUCGAUGAAGUCAAGAUGGAGAAGUGUGGACCGGGCGGCGGUGAUGGAUCAACAGAAGGACCCCCUCCUCCUCAGCCAGGAACUGCCACACCACCACCCCCACAAACACCAGCUCCGCCAGCCGACGGAUGCGGCUUUCGUCCAUCUACUCGAAUUGUCGGUGGUGAAGAUGCUCCACGGGGGGCCUGGCCCUGGCAGGCGAUGUUGAGGUGGUCUCCUACUGGAGGUGUGUUCUGUGGUGGUACUUUGGUUGCUCCUCGAUGGGUUGUAACAGCCAGUCACUGCGUCAAAGGAAGCGAAGCAGGCUCCAUAUAUGUUAGGCUCGGUGCUCACAAGCAGUCAGAAAUGACAGGAACAGAACAGGACUUCACUGCAUCCAAGGUGAUCAUGCACCCAGCAUAUCACAAACCAAUCGGCAUGAGCCAUGACAUUGCUCUACUUAAGCUGGACAGACCGGCCGUGCUCACAAGGUUCGUGAACCUUGCUUGCCUGCCUCAAGCUGUUGCAGCUCCAGUUGAGGGCAAGAAGUGCUGGAUUACAGGCUGGGGUAGAACAUCUUCAGUCGGAGGUUCUAGCGGAAAGGUUCUACAGCAAGCUUCAGUACCGAUUGUAGGAAGAAACCGAUGUGAGUUUACUUACCUGGGACAGAUCCACGACUCCAUGAUUUGCGCCGGUUUGGACCGAGGCGGCAUUGAUUCCUGUCAAGGGGAUAGUGGGGGACCUUUGGUGUGUGAGAGUGGCGGAAGGUUCUACCUCCAGGGUGUAACGAGCUGGGGACGGGGGUGCGGUCGGCCUAACAAAUAUGGCGUCUAUGCUAAAGUAACAUACCUGUUGGACUGGUUGAAUAAGGAGAUGGCCAAGAGUUGAUUUUCAUUAUUAUAUUGUUCGGCUCCUCUGUGUAGCAAAUGCUAACUUUCAUUACUACUGAUGUGUGGCGAAUAAAAACGCUAAGACGCAUUUGUUUGAGAAUGUUUUACUCAUUAUAAUAAUUUAAAAUUUUCUUUAAAAUUUCACAUCUUCCUUUCAAGUUUGGUAUGUUAUGUUAAAAGCUAGCAAAGUUCGCAUCGUAAGCAGAUACACUCGUCACAGGUCUAAGAUUAUUUUGCAAUGGCGGUGGGUUCCACUAUCGUUGGGAACGGAUAUAUGUUUAUUGUCUUCUCUUCAACUGCUUAACUUCAAUAUAACUGCUUAACUGCUUAACUUCAAUUUUCCCAUCAGUUCACUUAAUUAUAUAAUUUAUUUCUUAUGUAACAAACACUCACCCAUAAGAACCAGGCCCCAGUUGUUCAAAGGCUGGGUAACGCUCUCCGCCGGAAAAAUCGCUAUCCAGUGGAUAGCGUGGUUUGUUUUGUUAACACUUAUCCGCUGGAUAGCAAAAUGUCGAGUGAAUAGCGUUAUCCACCUUUCGAACAACCCGGGCCUGAUGAUUAAGAACCCCCAGGUAUAAAUUUUGGUUUUCAAGUUUCCAUUAUAUAUA